GCCCCAGAACCAUCGGGAGCCCUGAGAGCAAACUGGACUCCUGGACAGGAUGCCGGAAGCACCGCUGACGUUACCAAUCUUAAUCCGGACGAUACGGAAUGCACGGACCCAAGCGGAGGAACGGGAGCUGGUCCAGCGAGAGAGCGCCAAGAUUCGGGGGGCCUUUCGGGGUGACGAACCUGACACCCGGGCCUCCAACUUAGCCAAGUUGCUCUACAUCCACAUGCUGGGCUACCCGGCGUAUUUCGGACAGAUGGAGUGCCUGAAGCUCAUCGCCUCGCAGAAAUUCCACGAGAAACGGAUUGGCUACCUCGGCGCUGCCCUCCUAUUGGACGAGAAGCAAGACACCCACCUUCUACUGACCAAUAGCAUCAAGAAUGACCUCUUGCACCCCAGCGCCUGGGUGCAGUGCUUGGCUCUGAGCACCCUCGGCUCUCUGGGCUCGGCGGCCAUGUUUCGAGACCUGGCUGGGGAAGUGGAGCAACUGGCCCGGGUGGGGCAGCCCUCUGUGCGAAGGAAGGCGGUGGUGUGUGCUGUGCACAUUACCCGGAAGGUGCCGGAUCUCACAGACACCUUCGUUGCACUCGGGGAGCAGCUGUUGACUGACCGAAGUCAUGGCAUUCUGCACGGAGGCAUCAUGUUGAUCGCAGAGAUGUGUGGACACAACCCGCAGGCCUUGGAACACUUCCGCAAGCGUGUGCCCCAGUUGGUAGGAAUCCUGCAUAACCUCGUGAAGGCUGGUUACUCUCCGGACCACAGCAUCUCCGGCAUCAGCGAUCCCUUCCUGCAGGUCCAGAUCCUGAGGCUGCUAAGGAUUCUGGGACGUGACAAUGAAGAGAUUAGCGACACCAUGAAUGAUGUCUUGGCCCAGGUGGCCACCAACACGGAUACGGCAAGGAACGUGGGCAAUGCCAUCUUGUACGAGACGGUUCUGACAAUCAUGGGCGUGCUCUCCGCCAGCGGACUCCGGGUUCUUGCGAUCAAUAUCCUUGGGCGAUUUCUUGAUAACAAGGAUCGGAAUAUCAGGUACGUGGCUCUAGCAUCACUGCAGAAAUUGUUGCAAGCGGAGAGCUCCGCUGUCCAGAGGCACCGGUCUACUGUCUUGGCCUGUCUGACUGACCCUGACCCAACUGUGAAGAGGCGAGCGCUGCAACUUAGCCUCGCCCUGGUGAACAGCAGCAACGUGAGGGCGACCGUCAAGGAACUCGUGGAUUUCCUCCACACCUGCGCUCCGGACCUGAAGUCAGACUGCGCUUCUGGAAUAUUCCUGGCUGCUGAGAAGUUCGCACCCAGCAAGCGAUGGCACAUAGACACCGUCCUCCAAGUGCUGACCAUGGCUGGCGCUUACGUGCGGGACGACUCAGUCCCCAACCUCACCCACCUCAUUGGAGGCACGAAGGAGCUUCAUAGUUACGCCGUGCAGCAGCUAUACGAAGCGCUGGCUCAGGAUAUCUCACAGCAACCCUUGGUUCAGGUGGCCACCUGGUGCAUUGGGGAAUAUGGAAACCUCCUAUUGGCUGGGAGCUGUGAAGAGAUAGAACCUAAGCAGGUAGACCCGGAAGAAAUGCUGUCCCUCUUGGAACGUGUGCUCCAGUCGCACCUCUCCCUGCCGGCCACCAGGGGCUACGCGCUCACCGCCCUCAUGAAACUUGGGACCCAUCUCCAAGGCAACAGCAUCAACCGGAUCCGCCGGUUGGUCUCCAUCUACUGCAGCUGCCAUGACAUCGAAUUGCAGCAACGGGCGGUGGAAUAUAAUGCCCUUUUCCGGAAAUACGACCACCUGAGGGCGUCCGUGUUGGAGAAGAUGCCCCUCGUGGACAAAGCCGGCUACAGCGACGAGGGAGGUGAACGAGACCGGGCGGGAAGAGAGAUCAGCCUCUCCGCCAACAUCCCAGGGGUGGAGCCGCCUGGCAGUUCCAAACUGCCGGAGUCCAGCCAGGUCUCGGAUCUCUUGUGUCUCCUUGGGGAGCCUGCUGAGCCUUCUCCUUUGCAGCCUAUUACGGACACCUCAGCGGCAACAGGAUCUGUCCUGGACUUGCUCAGGGAUCUGAAGCCCCCAGCCCCUGCUCUCUCCCGCCUGGUUGUCUACGACCGAGAUGACCUGCUGGUCGAAUUCUCAAUGGAGCGCCCCCCUCUGGAAACGUCGUUACUGCUGAUCACGGCCACCGUGUCCAACAGGGCCCCCGGUGACGUGACCGCGUUUUCUCUGCAAGUGGCCGUCCCCAAGUCCUUUCAGGUGGAGCUCCUGGCCCCCAGCGGGUCCACAGUCCAGGGCCAGGGCAGACCCCCUGUCACUCAGCUGAUUCGCGUCUUGAACCCCAGGAAGCUCCCGCUCCGGAUGCGGCUGCGUCUUGCCUACGCCCUGCCCUCUGGGACGGCGGUCCAACAGAUUGAGGAAAUCAGCUCGUUCCCGGAGGCCGCGUGGCAGUGACCCCCCCGAGCAACCUGGGACAUCCACCGCCACUGUAUGUUGUUGUUGUUCAGUCGCACAGUCGAGUCUGACUCUUCGCAACCCCAUGGACCAGA